AUGGAUUGGCUCGCAAACCACACCGAUCUGCGGAUUCAUCCUGAUCGCUUAAUUGAUGAUGCUCGAUCAAUACUCCUCGUCGCGGAUGUCUACGCGAGCAGAGCGGACAACAUCGGUUCCCCGCUCGAGCAGGGGCAAGGAAGAAUUGCACGCUACGCACGCGGCAAAGACUACCACAAGAUCAUGAAGAAACGCCUCAUGGCCCUCGCCGAUGAUCUGCGAGCGGAGCAUCCCGAGGCGCAGUUCAAGGUCUUCGUCGAUACCGCACCGGUCCUUGAACGCGAGCUCGCGCAGCGAGCGGGGCUCGGAUGGAUCGGGAAGCACACGCUGCUGAUCCACCCCAAGAUCGGGUCGUACUUCUUCCUCGGCGGGAUCGUCACCACGCUCGAUCUUGAGCCCCCUGCGGAUCAGCGUCCUGAACCUGACCACUGCGGCACGUGCACGCGCUGCAUCGACGCGUGUCCGACCGAUGCGAUCACGCCGUAUUCUGUGGAUGCUCGCAAGUGCAUCUCGUACUUGACGAUCGAGCACCGCAGCGAUAUCGAUCCCGAACUCGUGAAGCACAUCGGCGACUGGAUCUACGGCUGCGACAUCUGCCAAGAAGUCUGUCCCCACAACUCACGGCGAGACGACGCACAAACGAUCAACGAUGCCUACACGCCGACGCGCGACCGAUUCGAUCUGCUCGAAGUGCUCAACUGGUCCGAAGACGACCGCCGCGAAGCGUUCAAGGGAUCAGCAAUGAAACGCGCCAAGCUCGACAUGAUGAAGCGUAACGCAAAGAUUGUCGCGCAGAAUCAGGGACUCACGCUGGAUCAGUGA